GGUGAUAUUGCAAGUAAUGGUCUUAAACAAGUAGCUGAAUGAGGAGCAAUUGGUACAAUGCAAAAAGAAAUAAAAAAAUCAUGUGAAUCUCUUUGUAUUUUGUUUUUUUUUUAAAUAAUAAUUUGAAAAAUAAUAUAUUUAUUUAGACUAAAUUGGGUGUUAUUCGUAAUUUGAUGAUUGUACCUGGUCUUUGGACAGUUAAUAUAAGUAAAACAACUACAGGUGCUUUUACAACUUCAAGAAAUCAUCAUUUCUUAUCAUUUGUUACUAUGCUUGGACCAUCACCUGAUUGGAUUACUGGUGUAUCUGCUCUUGAUUUAUGUCUUCCAAAUUGUACAUGGUUAGAUAACUAUGAAGAAUUACAUCAUCCAAUUGAUGCUGGAACAGAUAUGGGCGUUCGAUAUGAUGGUCCUAAACGACCGGAGAAUCCGCGUAAACCAAUUGCACCAAUUUUUUCAAGCAAUCAACCACCUCCAUUUGCUAAAUUGAGUAUUAAACGAAUUAUGGUACAAGGUGUAGCUUGUCCAAAUGGCCGACAAUAA